AUGCGGGUUGUAGCCCGGGGCGGGUACAGCUGUGCUUUUGCUCCUCUAAGAGAGCAGGUAACCUCGGGCCUCCGGUGGGCUCUGAGGGAGGAGUUAGGAACGGGACCCUAGUGGGUGGCAGGCAAAUUUCAGAUCUCUGCGGCGCUGGGAGGGACCCGGGCCUAGGGGAAAAGGAGCAACUGCGGCUGGUGCCUGGGCCAGCUCCCGCGUGGCCACGGGAAGCCGGGCCUGGGCUGGAGCGGGGCCCGAGUCCGGGCGGGAGCGCGAGAGCGGCCCUUGCCAGCCCCUUGGCGCACUGGAAGUGGAGCCGUCUCCGGUGGAGUUGCUGAGGACCCAGGCCUUGCGAGGAUCACGGUGGCCAUCGAGUUCCCAAUUUUAGUCUCUUAGCGUUCUUUGGGUUGACUUUCAAGAUGGAUUCAACCCUAACAGCAAGUGAAAUCCGAGCACGAUUUAUAGAUUUCUUCAAGAGAAAUGAGCACACCUAUGUUCAUUCAUCUGCCACUAUCCCAUUGGAUGAUCCCACAUUGCUCUUUGCCAAUGCAGGCAUGAACCAGUUCAAACCUAUCUUCUUGAACACUAUUGAUCCAUCUCACCCUAUGGCAAAACUGAGCAGAGCAGCCAAUACCCAGAAAUGCAUCAGGGCUGGAGGCAAACAUAAUGACCUGGAUGAUGUGGGCAAGGAUGUUUACCAUCACACCUUCUUUGAGAUGCUGGGCUCCUGGUCUUUUGGAGAUUACUUCAAGGAAUUGGCCUGUAAAAUGGCUCUGGAACUUCUCACCCAAGAAUUUGGCAUUCCAGUUGAAAGACUGUAUGUUACAUACUUUGGUGGAGAUGAAGCAGCUGGCUUAGAACCAGAUCUGGAGUGCAAACAGAUCUGGCAAAAUUUGGGGCUGGAUGACACCAAAAUUCUCCCUGGCAACAUGAAGGAUAACUUCUGGGAGAUGGGUGACACAGGCCCAUGUGGUCCCUGCAGUGAGAUCCACUAUGAUCGGAUUGGUGGUCGGGAUGCUGCACACCUAGUCAACCAGGAUGACCCCAAUGUGCUAGAGAUCUGGAACCUUGUGUUCAUCCAGUAUAACAGGGAGACCGAUGGCAUUCUGAAACCUCUUCCCAAGAAAAGCAUUGACACAGGGAUGGGGCUGGAGCGACUGGUGUCUGUGCUGCAGAACAAGAUGUCUAACUAUGACACUGACCUUUUUGUUCCUUACUUUGAAGCCAUUCAGAAGGGUACAGGUGCCCGGCCAUACACUGGGAAAGUUGGUGCUGAGGAUGCUGAUGGGAUUGACAUGGCCUACAGGGUGCUGGCUGAUCAUGCUCGGACCAUUACUGUGGCAUUGGCUGAUGGCGGCCGGCCUGACAACACAGGGCGGGGGUACGUGUUGCGACGGAUUCUCCGCCGGGCUGUUCGAUACUCCCACGAGAAACUCAAUGCCAGCAGGGGUUUCUUUGCUACAUUAGUGGACGUUGUUGUCCAGUCCCUGGGAGAUGCAUUUCCCGAGCUAAAGAAAGACCCAGACAUGGUGAAGGACAUCAUUAAUGAAGAAGAAGUGCAGUUUCUCAAGACUCUCAGCAGAGGACGUCGCAUACUGGACCGGAAAAUUCAGAGCCUGGGAGACUGUAAGACCAUUCCUGGGGACACUGCUUGGCUCCUCUAUGACACCUAUGGGUUCCCAGUGGAUCUCACUGGACUGAUUGCUGAAGAGAAGGGCAUGGUGGUAGAUAUGGAUGGCUUUGAAGAGGAGAGGAAACUAGCCCAGCUGAAGUCACAGGGCAAAGGAGCAGGUGGGGAAGACCUCAUUAUGCUGGACAUUUAUGCUAUUGAAGAGCUUCGGGCAAAGGGUCUGGAGGCCACAGACGAUUCUCCAAAGUAUAACUACUAUUCAGAUUCCAAUGGUAGCUAUGUGUUUGAGAGUGCAGUGGCCACAGUGUUGGCUCUGCGCAGGGAGAAGAUGUUCGUGGAAGAGGUGUCUACCGGCCAAGAGUGUGGAGUGGUGCUGGACAAGACCUGUUUCUAUGCUGAACAAGGAGGGCAGAUCUACGAUGAAGGCUACCUGGUGAAGGUUGAUGACUGCAGUGAGGAUAAAACUGAGUUCACAGUGAAGAAUGCUCAGGUGCGAGGAGGGUAUGUGCUCCACAUAGGAACAAUCUACGGCAACUUGAAAGUAGGGGAUCAGGUCCGGCUAUUUAUUGAUGAGCCCCGGCGGAGACCUGUCAUGAGCAACCACACAGCUACGCACAUUCUGAACUUUGCCCUGCGCUCAGUGCUUGGGGAAGCUGAUCAGAAAGGCUCACUGGUUGCUCCUGAUCGCCUUCGAUUUGACUUCACUGCUAAGGGAGCUAUGUCCACCCAACAGAUUAAGAAGGCCGAAGAGAUUGCUAAUGAGAUGAUUGAGGCAGCCAAGCCUGUCUACACCCAAGAUUGUCCCCUGGCAGCAGCAAAAGCCAUCCAGGGCUUGCGGGCUGUGUUUGAUGAAACUUAUCCCGAUCCUGUGCGAGUUGUCUCCAUUGGGGUCCCAGUGUCUGAGCUGUUGGAUGACCCCUCUGGGCCUGCUGGCUCCCUCACUUCAGUUGAAUUCUGUGGUGGAACGCAUCUGCGGAAUUCAAGUCAUGCAGGAGCUUUUGUGAUUGUGACUGAAGAAGCUAUUGCCAAGGGUAUCAGGAGGAUUGUUGCUGUCACAGGUGCUGAAGCUCAGAAGGCCCUCAGGAAGGCAGAGAGCUUGAAGAAAUCUUUGUCUGUUAUGGAGGCCAAAGUGAAGGCCCAGACUGCACCAAACAAGGAUGUUCAGAGGGAGAUUGCUGACCUUGGUGAGGCACUGGCCACUGCAGUCAUCCCCCAGUGGCAGAAGGAUGAAUUGCGAGAGACUCUGAAAUCCCUGAAGAAGAUCAUGGAUGACCUAGACCGCGCUAGCAAAGCUGAUGUCCAAAAGCGAGUGUUGGAGAGGACAAAGCAGCUCAUCGACAGCAACCCCAACCAGCCUCUGGUUAUCCUGGAGAUGGAGAGCGGCGCCUCAGCCAAGGCUCUGAAUGAAGCCUUGAAGCUUUUCAAGACGCAUUCCCCACAGACGUCUGCCAUGCUCUUCACAGUGGACAAUGAGGCUGGCAAGAUCACCUGCUUGUGUCAAGUCACCCAGAAUGCAGCCAACCGGGGCUUAAAAGCCAGUGAGUGGGUACAGCAGGUGUCAGGCCUAAUGGAUGGCAAAGGUGGUGGCAAGGACGUGUCUGCCCAGGCCACAGGCAAGAAUGUGGGCUGCCUGCAGGAGGCACUACAGCUGGCCACUUCCUUUGCCCAGCUCCGCCUAGGAGAUGUGAAGAACUGAGGGUAGGGGGGCUCUCACUGGCAGGUGUCUCCCUCUCACCCGGAUACAUCAGUCCAGCUGGGAGCUCUCCAUCUGCCACAAGGACAUUAGAAUCUUGGAACUUUAUAAACAGCACCAUCCGUCCUAACCCAGCAGUAACUGGAACACACCUGAGAGCCAUCCUGUGACUCAGUGCCCCAUUACAUUACUUCCCUUCAUAUCAAUGCCGUCUGUUUAGAACUACUACCCCAGGAUUGCUAUUUAACAACUUCAUGAUCUUGUCUGUAGAUAACAGUUCUCUGCCAACCAGAGAGUUUUGGGUCUGCAGGUAGGAAAACUUUUUGCUGCAGAGAAUAAAAGGACCAUGUGCAAUAA